CUUCAGACUGGAUCUGUUUAUCAGUUACUCUUUUUGAUUAUGAAGUUGCUGUUGAUCUGAGCUGUAGAUCCUGAACUGAGAGACUGAGAGAGUGUCAUUGUUCUCUACAGGUUGAUGAAGUGUGGAGUCACAGAUGAAGGUUGUGGUGCUCUGGCUUCAGCUCUGAGAUCAAACCCCUCACACCUGAGAGAACUGUAUCUGACUGGAAAUAAAUUAAGAGCGUCAGGAGUGAAUCUACUCUCUGAUCUACUGAAGGAUCCUCGCUGUAAACUGGAAACACUGUGGUUGAGGUAUUGUGGAGUCACAGAUGAAGGUUGUGCUGCUCUGGCUUCAGCUCUGAGAUCAAACCCCUCACAUCUGAGAGAACUGAGUCUGUCUGGAAAUAAACUAGGAGCAUCAGGAGUGAAACUGCUCUCUGAUGGACUGAAGGACCCUCACUGUCCACUGGAAACACUGGGGUAAGAUUAUAUAAAUCUGUCAGCACCCUCCUAAUUUUGCUCCUUUGUUGAUUAUUAACAAAAUUAAACUGUGGCGUAAAGGUUUCCUGUCAGUUAAUU